UAUUAUUCGCAGGAUGAAGAAGCUGAGACAAAAUCAUCGAUCGAAAUAAAUGAAAGACGACCAUUAGGAAAUAUUCAAAAUGGAUUAUUAGAAAGUAAUGAUCACACUCCGAAUCGAGAUGGUUCGGAUCUUUCUAUUAAAUCUGAAGCUUCAAAAGGAAUGGAAAAUACAUUAAUCCGACGCAAGAAAAUGCAAGGAAUAAAGGGAAUAGGUUGGCGGAGACGAGCAGAGCAAAGAAUGAUACGCAUGGAAGAACAAAUUGAAGAGGUCAUAAAAAUAAAUAAAAACGAUGAAAAAUUUGUUGGAAAUACGGUUAAUUUGGAAGAAUCCAUCGUAAUUGAAAACGGAGAACAGAUUACAAAAAUUCAAGGCGUGGCAUUCACAAAAUUAUGUCUGCAUCUCCAACAUCGCAGAAAAAUUUUAUUUAAAAAAGGAAGUGCUGAUGAUCUGGAAAUAUAUUCCAAAACCUGGUUAGCUCGAAGAUGCACCGAACUAUGA